UAGGUCACAGUGUAAAAUUUGUUCACAACGUCAAAAACAAAGAUAAAAGCCCCCUUCCUCUAUUCUUUGUAGAGGUUAAACCUCAAGACAAUAACAACGACAUUCUGGGCAUCUCUUCGCUUCUCAAUACAAAAGUUUCUAUCGAGAAACCACACAUCAAAAAAAGAGGUCCUCCUCAAUGUCACAAUUGUCAAGAUUAUGGACACACGAAAAAAAAUUGUCAUCACCAUCCAAGAUGCGUCAAAUGCGGGGAAGACCAUCACACGGAGGACUGCACCAAAGACCGUAGCAGUCCUGCCAAAUGCGCCUUGUGCUCCAAGGACCACACCAGCAAUUACAAGGGCUGCCCGGCAUUCAAGGCCGCUUUCAAAAAAGCCUAUCCGAGAGGCCCUCGGAAAGGCCCGAUUUCCAAUCCUCAUCAAACCACACACAAAUCAUACGCAGAAGCCACCAGAAAUCAAAGUUCACAUCCCGAUCAAGUUGGCGAAAUUUUUUCUAGUUUCAUUUCUAAUUUGAGCUCACUAAUCAAUCCCCUCAUCUCCCUCCUCUCCUCUGUACUAAAUUCACUGAUUGCUAAAGGUAUUAUUUCUCCAUAAUUAUCUCCGUCAUACCAAUUACUGCUCAUUAUAAUUUAUCACACAUUUACAUUUAAUUUAUCACACU